CUGCUCCGUAGUUAGCUCGGUUAGCAUCGGGCUGUUAGCCUGCAGUGCCGGGUUUUAAAGCUAUUAGCUUAACCCCCUUAGCGAUAGCCGCCUUCUGAGUAUUGUAAACAUACUAACUUUGCUGCGGGUCCGUGUGUAGGGGGUUAAAUCUGUACAUUUGUGUCCAUUUUUUUUAUUUAAAAGAGUUGACGCGCCUCGCCGGGAUGGAUGGAAGAGUGAACUUAGCCACACGCCUAGCUAACGGCUAACGGCUAAGGAUGCUGUCCAAAAGCAACACUGCCGUUCAGAGAAGGGGAGACAGUUUAAAGGCCUGAAGAUCACAGCAUUGGCCACCACUGGGACCUGUACACAAUGGGAAGGAUCAGUAUCUCCUGCCUGUUUCCAGCAUCAUGGCACUUCAGCCUGUCUCCUGUAGUUCUUCCCCGACUCAUGCUCCCCACAUUCAGGCAGCUGCUCUUGCUUAGCGUCCUGGCAGCGCUCCUCGGUCUCCUCUACCUGCUGCUGGUCUCAGGGAAAGGACAGAACAUCUGGGUCCGAGAAGACAAGCGCUACCACAGGCAUUUGGCGCGGGUGACAGAUGUGGAAGCCACGGACACGAGUAAUCCCAACCUAAACUACGGUGUGGUGGUGGACUGUGGGAGCAGUGGUUCUCGUGUGUUUGUGUACACUUGGCCUCGGCAUAAUGGCAAUCCUCACGACCUGCUGGACAUCCGGCAGAUGAGAGACCAGCAUCGCAAGCCAGUAGUCAUGAAGAUCAAACCAGGUAUCUCUGAAUAUGCAACUACACCAGGAAAAGCCAGUGACUACAUGUAUCCUCUGCUAAGUUUUGCUGCCCAGCACAUCCCCAAAAACAAGCACCAGGAAACUCCACUGUAUAUACUAUGCACUGCAGGCAUGAGGGUUCUGCCGGAGAGCCAGCAAGAAGCCCUGCUGGAAGAUUUGCGGACGGACAUUCCUGUGAAUUUCAACUUUCUCUUCUCUGAUUCACAUGUGGAAGUCAUUUCAGGAAAGCAAGAAGGUGUAUAUGCAUGGAUUGGAAUCAACUUUGUGCUGGGGAGGUUCAAUCAUGUAGAUGAUGAUCAUGAGGCUGUCGUAGAGGUGCAAGUUCCUGGUGGUGACCAGCAGGAGACGCUGGUGCGCAGACGCACAGCUGGAGUGUUGGACAUGGGUGGCGUCUCCACUCAGAUAGCAUACGAAGUGCCCAAAACUGUAAGCUUUGCUACUCCACAACAGGAAGAGGUGGCUAAGAACUUGCUGGCCGAGUUUAACCUGGGCUGUGAUGCUCAUCGCACGGAACAUGUCUACCGGGUUUAUGUUUCAACAUUUCUGGGUUUUGGUGGGAACGCAGCCCGGCAGAGAUAUGAGGAGCAGCUUGUGAGCAACACGAUCCUCCAGAACAAGCUCUUGGGUAAGCAUCAAGGCGAGAGCGCCGACUCGCCCAUACUCGACCCCUGCAUGCCCACUGACCUCGAGGACGAGGUGGGCCUCCCCGGCCGGAAGCUGCACCUUCGUGGGACCGGAGACUUUGACCGCUGCCGCCUUCUUCUCCAGCCAUUUCUCAACCGCACCAAUGAGACCAGCACCUCGUUGAAUGGGGUCUACCAGCCCCCCAUAGACUUCAGCAACAGCCAGUUCUAUGGCUUCUCUGAGUUCUAUUACUGUACAGAGGAUGUGCUGCGCAUGGGGGGUGACUACAACUCCACUAAGUAUGCCAAAGGUGCAAAGGACUACUGUGCCACCCAGUGGAAAAUUCUAAAAGAACGCUUUGAUCGUGGUCUGUAUGCUUCCCAUGCAGACCUGCACAGGCUAAAGUAUCAAUGUUUUAAGUCUGCGUGGGUGUAUGAGGUGUUCCACUCAGGUUUCUCCUUCCCUUCGGGCUACGACAACCUGAAGACUGCACUGCUCGUGUAUGAUAAAGAGGUGCAGUGGACUCUGGGAGCCAUCCUGUACCGCACACGCUUCCUACCUCUGAGGGACAUCCAGCAGGAGAGCCUGAAGGGCUCUCACUCGCACUGGCACCGCGGCUUCACCUUCAUGAAUAACCACUAUCUGUUCCUGGCCUGCUUCUUGGUGGUGCUGCUCUCCAUUCUGCUGUAUGUGCUCCGGCUGAGGCGCAUUCACCACAGGGCUACCCUGCUACGAGGGACCUCUGUCCAGUGGCUAGAGGAGGGACUGGGCUCUCCAGACCUGCCCGUCACUCUAUAGAGCUCCGGUCGCUGUCCGCUGUGCAGUCAAUAACUGGAGGAGAGCUUUGACUCUCCAG